AUGCUCGAUCAGACGGAGCCGCCGGAGGUCUUCAAACCGAGUGAGGUCGCUACUCAGCUCAGUAAGGAGCAACUUGCGGAGCUGGGAUAUACGAAAUGGGAGGAGGUUCUCCCGGGUGUAUACGAGCUGGCGUUUGAAUUGAGGGAAUUCGGGGAUUGUGAGAUUUUGAGAAAGGGAAAGGUUCUUGGGGAAGAUGUCACUAUCGCAGAUCUUGAUGGGCCGAUUCGAAUACGAAGAGUGGUCAUGUGA